AUGCCAGUAGAAAGGCCUGAUCCUGCUCCCUUGCUUAGCUCUCCAGAUGCUACGACUGGCGGCAGCAGCGAGCUGCAGGCCCUGCUCUACGGAGAUGCCGAGAAGCCCGUGGAAACCGGCGCCAGGGCAGCCCCGGGAGCUGCGGAGCCGCGGCCAGCCUGUACCUGCGACAAAAAACCCUGCGGCUGCCAAAAAGCGGAGGUGAAUUACGCCUUUCUGCACUCAACAGAUCUUCUGCCGGCAUGCAACGGGGAAAUAACAACCAUGUCUUUCUUACAAGACGUUGUGGACAUUUUACUUCAGUAUGUGGCAAAAAGUUUUGAUAGAUCGACGAAAGUUAUUGAUUUCCAUUAUCCAAAUGAGCUGCUCCAGGAGUAUAACUGGGAACUGGCAGAGCAGCCACAGACCUUGGAAGAAAUUUUAUUGAACUGCAGAACAACUCUGAAGUAUGCAAUUAAAACAGGGCACCCUAGAUAUUUUAAUCAACUUUCAACUGGAUUGGACAUGGUUGGAUUGGCAGCAGACUGGCUGACAUCAGCAGCAAAUACUAAUAUGUUCACCUAUGAAAUUGCUCCAGUGUUUGUACUUUUGGAAUAUGUCACACUAAGGAAAAUGAGAGAGAUGGUUGGCUGGCCAGGGGGCUGUGGCGAUGGUAUAUUUUCACCUGGUGGUGCCAUAUCUAACAUGUAUGCUAUGUUGAUUGCACGUUUCAAGAUGUUCCCAGAAGUUAAAGAAAAAGGAAUGGCAGCUAUUCCCAGACUGGUUGCCUUCACAUCAGAACAUAGUCACUUCUCUGUGAAGAAAGGAGCUGCAGCCUUGGGUAUUGGUACAGAUAGUGUGAUUCUGAUUAGAUGUGAUGAAAGAGGGAAAAUGAUCCCAUCAGACCUUGAAAGAAGAAUUAUCGAAGCCAAACAAAAAGGAUUUGUUCCUUUUCUGGUGAGUGCCACAGCUGGGACAACAGUGUACGGGGCGUUUGAUCCUCUCAUAGCUAUUGCAGACAUCUGCAAGAAAUACAAAAUCUGGAUGCACGUGGAUGGAGCAUGGGGAGGUGGGCUCCUGAUGUCAAGAAAACACAAAUGGAAGUUAAAUGGUGUUGAAAGGGCUAAUUCAGUGACCUGGAACCCUCACAAGAUGAUGGGUGUCCCGCUGCAGUGCUCAGCCCUGCUAGUGAGAGAAGAGGGGUUGAUGCAGAGCUGCAAUCAAAUGCAUGCUUCCUACCUCUUUCAACAAGACAAGCACUACGACCUGUCUUACGACACAGGAGACAAGGCUUUGCAGUGUGGGCGGCACGUUGACGUCUUCAAGCUGUGGCUGAUGUGGAGGGCAAAGGGAACCACAGGAUUUGAAGCACAAAUUGAUAAGUGCUUGGAACUUGCAGAGUACCUGUACAACAAAAUAAAGAACAGAGAAGGGUAUGAAAUGGUGUUUGAUGGUAAGCCUCAGCACACAAACGUCUGCUUCUGGUACAUACCCCCCAGCUUGCGUGGUAUGGAAGACAACGAGGAGAGAACGAGCCGCCUUAUGAAGGUGGCACCAGUGAUAAAAGCCCGGAUGAUGGAGUAUGGAACGACCAUGGUGAGUUACCAGCCGCUGGGAGACAAAGUGAACUUCUUCCGGAUGGUCAUCUCCAACCCUGCAGCAACUCACCAAGACAUUGACUUCCUGAUUGAUGAAAUAGAACGCCUGGGACAAGAUUUAUAAUAAUUGUGUGGGAAAGUCUGUUCCUGGACCUCUAAUUAGACACUUAAGUUGUCACAAACUGUGCGAAUGUAAUUGUAGUUUGUUCCAAAGUAAAUCUAUUUCUAUAUUGUGGCGUUGGAAUAGAGUACAGUUUAAAAUCAAGAAACAUGGCUCCUUUAAAGUCCUUUCCUGAGUUUUAAAAGACCUCCUUAAUAAUUAGGUGCACAAAAAGCUGUAUUAAAACAAAUAAGAACAGAAGAUACUUAAAAUAUCAUCCCCCAUUUUAACACAACUACUGUAAAUAAAAAUCAAUCAGACUGAAUUAUGCCAAAUUUGCCCAAAAUGGUGACAAAACCAAAUUGGGGGAAGUGGGAGGGGGCAGUGAGAAGCAGAGUAUACAAGUUGUAUGUUUAAAUGUGAAAGCAUUUUGCCUUUUUCGUAGUAUUAGAACAGAAUUUCUAAUAUACCUAUAGCAACAUUUCAAUUGUAUUUAAAUAGGUAUAGUUUUACAAAAGGAAAGAUAUAUAUAUGAAAAAUAUCCUAUUUUAUAAACUAUAUAUUUUUAUUUUAUAUGGGUUAUAAAAAUGCAAGGACAGAAGCUGAAAAUUAACUAGGAUUCUUCUUCUUUUGAUGGAGGUGCCUCAAAUAUUUAUUACUGCUUCUUUUAAGAUGCAAGUCCACAUACACAUUCUU